CCCCUGACCUCUGUCUGAACAGUGCUGAUUGGCCCUGUGCUGAUCACAUACACUCUCCCAAGAAAAAAAAAACCCUCUUUAGCAAUACACACCAAACUGAGCAUGUGCAGAGUGACUCCACACAAUAUGUCUCAUCAGGAGAUAAGAGGGGGGCACUGGAAGAAGGGGAGGAUCAGAGAAGUCAGGAUCAAGCAGCUUUUUUACACAAUACAAAGGAUUAACCCCUUUGGGUUUACAGUGAGUAUAACAAGAAUGCUUUACAGCAUAUACAGACUGAUUUUACUGUUGUGGGUUUAGUAACACUU